AGCUCGCAGGAAGUUUCUACCUCCCCAGAUCGGUUGAUCAGAGACCUUAUCAUAUCCUUCGUGAGCGAUCGAACACAUUUGCGUGUUAUUUCGCAUACGAGUCAACACGACAGCGCAAAAUUGAAAGCUGCCUAUAUUGCACUUCACGAUAUCUAAAGGUAACUGAAGUCGAGUGUCAUAUCCGCCUUGUUUGCCAGUUAAGCACUUGUUGUUUAGGUUGAUGUAUGCAUGCUGGCUUGGGCACAGCUGUACGACAAUUGUUUGAUAUUGACAUCCUUUAGGGCAUUGCUUAAACAAGUUGCAUUCGCAUCGCAAGAAGUGCGCAUUCGUUCAAAUAAACAGACUGCAUACAACCGGUGAUACUGAACUCGAGAAACAAUGAAGAUAUCGACCCCAUUGAAGUUAGCAGUUACUCGAAGUUCGUGGACCACAGCCUGCUUUGUGAUGGUAUAUGUCUUGACGGGAUUGUCUGCAGCUCAGGACGACGCUACGAAGAAGUGCCUGGACUGUAUUUGUUAUGCAAGUACAAAGUGCAUCGCAAAUGCUCCGUGUGAUGGAUACUGCGGCCCAUUUCAGAUUUCUGAAGCUUACUGGAUCGACGCUGGCAGGCCAGGCGGAACUCCAGGCUAUGCUCAGUGCGCCAUUAAUCGGAGUUGUGCCGAAGACACAAUCAUCUCUUACAUGAACAAGUUCGGUACGGACUGCGAUGGCGAUGCCCAGGUCACUUGUGAUGACUACGCUCGAAUGCACAAGGCUGGCAGGGGUGGUUGCAGUGCCCCGUGGGUUUUGGAUACUCCGUAUUGGACCCAGUAUACACAGUGCAUGCAGGGAGGGUCUAGCGGCUAAACUUCUUUCUGGCGCCACAAAAAGCAAACGCCAGUUCCGUGUUAGCCCAUAAACUCUAACUAAUUGACUAUUCAUUGUAUCUCAUGUCAUGCAGCAUCAAUUCUAUUUAUAUGUCUUACAAUGGGUAAUAUAUAUAUAUAUAUAUAUAUAUAUAAGAAACUGUCCGAACGGGAUGAGCUGCGCUAUGCUGAGCAAUGAUUCAUGUGCGAAGUCUUGGACCUCACAACUACACAAUGUAGGUAAAUCAUUCUGCAAAAAUUUUUGCUGGCUGAGAUACGUAUCACACAAAAAGGCUUAAGUCCUAGACUUACGAUGAUUUGUUCUCUGAAGAUUAAUAUAUGAGAAUAAAGAUUUCUGAAAUUCGAUAAUAGAUAAAACUAUUUAGUAGUUUCUCACAGUCAUCAGUAUAACUUUAUGGGAAGACGUCUGCUAAAUGUUAUCCGAUUGGCGUACUCUCAUAUAACUCUUGGCAAAUUGUCCACUUACGCGAGCAAAGAACCUAAAAUUGUCGCGUAAAGCGUGGACCGUUUUCGGCAAGAAUCUGCAGAAGGUUGCUAAAGCUAUUAAAACAUAAACGACUUGCAUUUGAGAGUGAGCAAAAGGACCACAGAAUGGCCCAUCAGAGGUUCGAGACUAUUAUUAUAACAAAAUAUUACGAAAUGUCGGACUGCUGCUAAAUGUCAAGUCUGUGCCUAACUGCAUUCAUUAUCGCGCAACGGUCCUCAACAAUAAAGCUGGAUAGCUUCUUCA